AUGUCCUCGCUCAGCCAGCAGCCACUUGGAACGGAACACAUCAAGAUGUGUGACCAGUACUCUGAUUCCCAACUCUCACUGAUCCUUAAACGUUAUCUUGAUCCCGGAUACAUUCUAUCACUCCCUGAUGCUGUGAGCUUAAUCUACCGAAUGUUUCCCGAGAAGACCGAUGCAUCAAGGGGAUCAAAUAUGGAUCGUGGUCUCUUUGAAAACGAUAUCCUACAGAUUGCUGCAAAAACUCCCUACAAUGAUAGAGCACAAUCUCGUCUCGCGAAGCUUGUUGGCUAUUUGAUAAACUCGCAAAAGUUGAGUGAUUGGGUGACUGAACCAAAGGGAUACACAAUCCACAAGCCAUGGGAGAACAUUCGCAUUACCUUGAACAACGGGUAUCCCUGGAAGUCUGAGCGGUAUGGCACGGGAAACGCUCAGUUAAAUCUGCACGCAUUCGUAGCGCGCUUGGCAUGUCUCGGGGCACUUUUCCCUAUCGAUGCCCCUUGGCCAAUCUGGACAUUGCGCGAUGCUCUCGAAGAAGACCAUGACGGCCGAUGGGAUGAGAUGUAUGUCAGCUCCGCGGCUAUGUGGAUUAUUUGUGCUGGCCAGUGGGUUUUCAACCAGAUCGGUUUGUAUUCCUGGCCUCAACCCAAAGGUUGGCACGAGGCUAUGUGGUCGCGAGGUUCGCUCUACGAGGGCCCUCUUGCUGGGCUAGAGCGGUGGAACUUCUGGCAAGCUCGUUUUGUGGAAGCUGCAAACAAUCGUUCGAUUUCUGGUGAAUGUAAAGGGCAUGCUCACAAAGCCAGCGAGCUUAUGAAAUCUCUUGUACUCAAUUCGAUGUGA